UUGAUGUGGACAUCUGUGCAGUCAGUAUCCUACCUUUCACCGAGCAGUUUUCUGCUGAGGAAUUGCAGAUGAUCAGGGCUGCUUUCCUUAUCGCGUUCUCUGAUGAGGAGCUGGACUGGGCCAUAAGAAAAAUUAUAAGAUGCGUAGGAUUCCUCACCCUGGACUUUUUGAUGCCUGCCUUGCGGGUGUGCAAACGGAUGGAGCCAAGUGCCACCCAGGGGGAAUCUGCUGCUCUAAGCCGCCUCCCUAUACUGCUGGUGCAGGCUGCACCUGGCUGUGAGGAGUUCCCCAAAGGUCCCCAAAGAGAAAGAGCCGGCAUCGAUGAAAUGGCCCACACAAUUGGUGAUAUGGAGAGCCCCAUGCCAGCUAGACAGUAACAUGCUGACUUCAGCUCUCUUUACUACAAACGAUUACCAAAAAGCAGGCAGACCCAGGCUAAACAAUUCAAGUUUGUUGUUGCCAAGGCCCUGGAAAUCCCAACAUUGCUCCUGGAGACGUUGACUCCCGGGUAUGCUGUCUGGAGGAGAGGGUUCUAUGCGGGCUGUCAGGACAUCUCCGAGUUCCUAGAAAAAUAUAGAAAUCAAACUCAAACGAAAGAAGCCUUCAUUGACCUGAUUCACAUUACAUCAAUGCUACUGAUCGACUUGAGGAGGUUUAUUUCACACGGGCAAUCCACCAGGGCAGAGGGAAGUGUCACCCAGGAGGACAACUACUUUCAAUUUGAGGACUUCAUUAGAUUUAUUAUGGAUCACUUUGUCCUUGAGGCAUCCAGAAACCUACUUGAGAGACUCGUAAAUGCUCCAAGUCGCUUACGGUUGCUGCAUGCAUCCAGAAUGAGGACACAAGCAUUAGAGAUGCCCUUCCUUCCACAGGUGUUUGUGCUAGAGAGAGGGCCAGUCAUAAAGCUGCUCACCACAGCCAUCUCCAAAAACGUGGCUAACUUACUUCAUGACGCCGUGGACAUAAUGGCCAGAAAGAGAGCCUUGUUAGAGUCUGACACAGACACUGAGGCCGUCUCAGUCUCAGAGUACUCCAUCUCAGAGUCAGACACCUCAGUGUCCACUUCCCGCCUGCCUGAGGACAACCUCCGGUCCCAGGACUGUGGUGGACACAGUGGGACUCUGUGCCCUGGACAAGGGGGCAGUGUUCUGGCAAAGAGAGGAGUCACUGAAACCCUGAUCAGCUCCAGCAGCAGCAGCAGAAACAGUAGCUGCAGCAGUAUCACUAGUGAGAUGAGUAGGCCUCACAGUACCUCCACCUGCUCUGUGAAAGAUCUUCCUACUGAGAGACCACAUGUGUCCUCCUCCAGCCUUUCCACCAGGCCAGAGGAGGCUGUUGCAACUCUAGCCAUGAGCUCCCACGAGGACUCAGCAAAUAUGAAGUCCUCAAGAGGAGAGGAUAAACAGCGGAGAAAAAGGAUCUUUACAAUCCACUGGAAAUCUAAAAGAUCUAUAGCUCCAUCGCCAGUGGUGGAGAAGCCUGUUACCCAUUCCCCAGAGAGGACCAGGAGGCCAUCGCUGUCAUCACGCUUAGCCUCUGGCAUCUGCAGACUCUUUUGCUGCUGUGGUAAAGGUCAGGAUUGACCUCUUGUGGCAGGAAGAGGAGUUGAACCUCCUUUAAUUUCAAUGUUUUGCUUUGGGCCUGAAGAUUCAAGGUCCACGAUCCCAGUUGCUUUGGGCCCAGGCAGGGGCUUGUGAAAGUACUGAUCUGACCACUUUCAAAGUACCUUCCCUUUGGGCUGAGGGUGCGAUCAUAACGGACUGCACAAGGGCAGGAGCCACGUGCGCCAGUAUUGUUAUGAUG